ACCCCGAACGAGCGAAGAGUAGCUGCAGCGGUGCCCGCCCCCUCUCUCCGCCCCUCCGGCGGAGCUGGUCUCCGGCAGGGCACCGUCGCGGGCCCCCCUGGCCCGGCCACCUGGGACUGUGCUGGGGAGUCGGCCACCUCCCUCUCUCCCCUCGCCGCAAAGUUUGAGGCGAAGCCGGCGCCAGGGUAGAGCGCACCCCCGGGGGAGAUCAGGGAGCGCCCGAUGCCUGGCGGCAGGAGCCGUUGACCCGGGACGCCGCCGUCCGGGACAGGAGCGCGGGGCAACCGACCAGCCCGCCGCCUCCGGUGCAUGGGGCCCGGCUGAGGAGCCAGCAUGGGCAACUGCGUGGGGAGACAGCGCCGGGAGAGACCGACCGCCCCAGGACACCCCCGCAAGCGAGCAGGUGACAGUGCUGCUGACUCCAUGAUGCCGAGCGGUGUGGUGUGGCUCUAGAGCUCCUGCCACACAUCAAGACGCAAUGAGCCCCUGAAGAAGGAGCGGCUGAAGUGGAAGAGCGACUACCCGAUGACGGACGGGCAGCUGCGGAGCAAGCGGGAUGAGUUCUGGGACACGGCACCCGCCUUCGAGGGCCGCAAGGAGAUCUGGGACGCCCUCAAGGCUGCCGCCUACGCGGCCGAGGCCAACGACCACGAGCUGGCUCAGGCCAUCCUAGAUGGAGCCAGCAUCACCCUGCCUCAUGGCACCCUCUGUGAAUGCUAUGAUGAGCUGGGCAAUCGCUACCAGCUGCCCAUCUACUGUCUGUCACCACCCGUGAACCUGCUGCUGGAGCACACGGAGGAGGAGAGCCUGGAGCCCCCUGAGCCCACCCCCAGUGUACGCCGAGAGUUCCCGCUAAAGGUGCGCCUCUCCACGGGCAAGGACGUGAGGCUCAGCGCCAGCCUGCCCGAUACGGUGGGGCAGCUCAAGAGGCAGCUGCACACCCAGGAGGGCAUCGAGCCAUCCUGGCAGCGAUGGUUCUUCUCCGGAAAGCUGCUCACAGACCGCACGCGGCUCCAGGAAACCAAGAUCCAGAAAGAUUUUGUCAUCCAGGUCAUCAUCAACCAGCCCCCGCCACCCCAGGACUGAGAAGCCCAUGGAUCCCUGGGCAGAGAGGCCAAGGAGGGUGUCUGCAGGGCUGAGAGGCCUCCCAGCUGGAGCACUAGGCCCCCCAACCCUGCCGCUGCCUUCAAGAGCUGUUCUUUUCUUUGGGAGUGCCUCCCCGUGUACGGCUGCUGGGCGAGCCCUGAGGGGACCUUGCUUCCCAGGGACACUAUGGGCCACCAGUGCCCAGCACCCAGGAAGCAGUGUGCUGCCACACGCAGGCCUUGCCAGCCUUAUCAGAGAAAAGGCAAAUCACGGCCCUCCACCCUGCCUCUCUCCCGUGGCAGGUUCGAGCCAUGAGGGCCAACCUGGAGGCUCCUGGAGCCCAGAUCUGUCAUCUGGUGCUGGCGGCUGUACUCACUCCGGUUUUCUGCUCAGGGUCUGAAGCAGCUGCUGUCUCCCUCCCCUGCCCCUACCGUGACUCUGUCCUGGGCACAGUGCCAGUCCCCUGGAGGGGAGGGGACCACAUGGGAGCCCCAGGGGCGGGGAGCCUGAGGCCGGCCUCUGCCUCUCCCAGCCCCCAGAACAAUUGGCAGAAAUGAGCCGGUGGCCGGAUGGCUGGGCUGUUGUGGCAGGGGUCUGCGUAGGGCCAUCUCCUGGCUGUAACCCUUGCGGUGGGGGGUCUGCAGCCUGGUCAUGGCCCCACAGCAGGUCCCUGUGUACAGACAUAUCUGCAUAUUUAUCAAUAAAGCCUUUUGCUCCUUC